UUACCUUCUUCUCCAUAUCCAAACCAUUCAUAUCGACAUUACCAACUUUUUGAUAAGCUUAAUUGCAUAUUCGGAAAGACAUGAAGUUACUCAAUCUUUUCUUUAUGUUGGCUAUGGUAAUGGACUUGGCGGCCAUUACUCUCUCCGCUAGCACUAGCGAAAAUUCUGAUCAUCGUCUGGCAGAUAGCCAAAUGGCAACCUCGUUUGGAGGAGCAGGUGGGUUUCGUCCUUUCUUCACAUGCGACAAACGCCCUGAAAUGUGCGGCACAAAAGGCCAGUUUUGCUGCAACAGAAGAUGCGUAGACCUCAAGACAGACCAAUUCAACUGUGGGAGGUGUGGCAAGACAUGUAGCUAUUCCAAGAUUUGCUGUGAAGGGAAGUGCGUGAGCCCGUUAUCCAACGAGAAGCACUGUGGAGGAUGCAACAAUAACUGUGGUAAAGGCAGCUCGUGUCUAUAUGGGAUGUGCAGUUACGCAUAAAAUUGGUUGCAGCUCGUUUGGAUAUGACGAGCUAAGUGUGCUUCAAAAGCUGAAAGAGGUCGAGUUUCCUUUUAUUAUAGAUCUGGAAUAUUGUGUGUAUCAGUAAUAAGUAAUAAAUAAAGGGCGAUGCACCAUUGAUGUGCUCGCAGAUAUUUAAAGAAGCUUUAUUUUU